AUGGGCUCGGAGCUGAUAUUCCGGGGCGGGCACGACGAGGCCCAGCCCGCUUCCGACACCUACUCGCCGAAACGCCCGAAGCCGUGGGCGUCGGUGACCCGCCCGAUUGGGUACCUGCUCCGGGAACAGCGCCUGAUUUUCAUCCUCGUCGGCAUUGCCAUCGCCACCGUCUACUUCACCCUCCUGCCGUCGUCUCGAUCCCACUCCUACCACGGCCACAACCCGAUCCCCAACGACUUCGUCAAGUUCGACUUCGAGUCCACCCACCUCUCCCACAAACCCACCUACGAGCGCCGGUUCGGGCUGACCAAUUACAAUUCCGGCGGGAAGGUCCCGCUGGGCCUGAAGCGCAAGGGCCUCCGGAUCGUCGUCACCGGCGGCGCUGGGUUCGUCGGGUCCCACCUCGUCGACCGCCUCAUGGAGCGCGGCGACAGCGUGAUCGUCGUCGACAAUUUCUUCACCGGAAGGAAGGAGAACGUUCAGCACCAUUUUGGGAACCCUAGAUUCGAAUUAAUCCGACACGACGUCGUCGAGCCUCUCCUCCUCGAAGUCGACCAGAUCUACCAUCUCGCCUGCCCCGCCUCGCCGGUCCAUUACAAGUUCAAUCCCGUCAAGACUAUCAAGACCAAUGUGGUCGGAACUCUCAACAUGCUGGGGCUGGCGAAGCGGGUCGGAGCUCGGUUCUUGUUGACCAGCACCAGCGAGGUCUACGGCGAUCCUCUGCAGCACCCUCAGGUCGAGACCUACUGGGGAAACGUCAAUCCCAUCGGUGUCCGAAGUUGCUACGAUGAGGGAAAGCGUACGGCCGAGACAUUGACUAUGGACUACCAUAGAGGGGCAGGUGUCGAGGUUAGGAUUGCUAGGAUUUUCAACACAUACGGCCCGAGAAUGUGCAUUGACGACGGUCGUGUUGUUAGUAACUUUGUUGCUCAGGCAUUGAGGAAGGAGCCUAUGACUGUUUACGGUGAUGGAAAGCAGACAAGAAGUUUCCAAUACGUUUCUGAUCUGGUGGAUGGUUUGAUGCGGCUUAUGGAAGGCGAGCAUGUUGGACCUUUCAAUCUCGGGAACCCUGGUGAAUUCACCAUGCUUGAACUUGCAAAGGUGGUCCAAGAAACAAUUGACAAAGAUGCAAAGAUUGAGUUCAGGCCGAACACUGAGGAUGACCCGCACAAGAGGAAGCCUGAUAUCACAAAGGCCAAAGACCUUCUUGGUUGGCAACCAAAGGUGUCUCUCCACAAGGGACUCCCACUCAUGGUCUCAGACUUCAGCAAACGUAUCUUCGGUGACCACAAGGAAGCUGCUGGUGCCACCACCACCAUGUAAUUCUAUCAUAUCUGUACUGGCAUUAUGGCAUUGGCACAUACAUACUUCUCUCUGGCCAAUGACAACGGGAAAUAUAAUUCCCUUAGUUCUUUACCCUCCAAUUUCCAAACAAGAAUAUAGCAACAAGGUCGCGGCGGCAGUAGCAAUAGCAGCAACAGUAGUAGCAUAUAAGUUCCUAAGUUCUUCUCUAUUUGGAGUAGGUUUGGAGGUGUCUUCUUUGGGCAUUUGUUGUCAUGUUCAGUCUUUGUUCUUUAUGUAUUGUUAUCCUCUUAAAAAGCUUAAUAGACAGCGAGCUUCGUUUUUCCAUCUUCCUUUUAUUCUUUUUUAUGCAAUCGAUCCACAUUUGAGAAAAUAA